AUGUCUAAGCGGCCCAUUCCAAUUGAUGAAUUGUUGAAAGAUGAUUUUGCGAAACCCACAUAUAUACCCAAACUGAAGCGGUCUAAGCUAGAGGAGCCACCACCAGUAGAGCAAACACAUGUGAAGGAAAAGCGGUUAGCAUCAUCUUGGAGACAAUCGGUGACACCAUCGCCGAGAGUUCGAGAGCCACCGAGGAUAGAGUAUGAAAAUUUGCUGCAAAAGAAGGCGACUCGGCGCAAGUUUCAGUUCGACUGGGACGAGUCAGAAGACACCACAUUGACACCAGCACUGCGAUCGCGGCGAAUGUUAUCCUCCCUAGAUGACCAAGAGGAGGAUGAGCUAGAGCGUUUUGUCGCUGCCAACGAUCCGUUACUCAAAGAUGAGCUUAGUGGUCAUUGGUCACUGAAACAGAUAUCGCAAAUGACUGAACGAGAUUGGCGAAUAUUCAAUGAAGAAUUCUCCAUCAAUUAUCGAGGUGGCAGGCAUGUUCCCCAUGCAAUUCGGUACUGGCAGGAGUGUGAUUUGGAAAAGCCAAUAGUGCAAAGUAUACAAGAAUUGGGAUAUACCACCCCCACCCCCAUUCAAAGGGCCAGUAUCCCCAUCAGUUUACAACAACGAGACGUGGUUGGAGUUGCUGAAACUGGUAGUGGGAAAACACUUGCUUAUUUAUUGCCCAUAUUCCAGUACUUGUCGCAAAUUGAUGAAAACUUUAUGCAAUAUGAAAAAAUGAAGGAUGAGCCAUUGGCGUUGGUCUUGGCGCCUACUCGUGAAUUAGCACUACAAAUCACAGCACAAACGGAAAAAUUGUGCUUGCGGUUGGGGUACAGUGUUGUUUCUAUAAUUGGUGGACAUCAGUAUCAAGAUACGGUUAAAGAGAUUGAGGAAGGUAAACCACGAGGAGUGGAUAUUAUCGUGGGCACACCUGGUCGGUUAUUGGACUCGAUAGAUCGGAAAUUGAUCAAUUUGCAGAAAUGUUACUACUUGGUCUUGGAUGAAGCUGAUAGAAUGAUUGAUUUAGGAUUUGAGCGCGAUUUGCACAAGUUGAUAACGUACUUGCCCAACCAAGACACUUUGCAACGGACGAUUGAUGCGAGAAUUUUCCACUUGAAACAACGGAUAAACUCGAUGUUUACGGCUACUAUAUCACCUCCAAUUGAAAAAUUGACCAAAUCUUACUUGAAGGAUCCGAUCUUUGUCACAAUUGGUGGAGCUGGUGAAGCUUUGGAGAACAUUGAUCAGAAAUUUGAAUACUUGCCAACAGCGAAGUUGACAAACGGGUCUUCCUCAAUUGAGCAAACCAAGUUGAGCAACUUACUUCGCAUUCUUCAAAGUCACAAGCGCAUGGAUCCGAAUGGUCUUAUCAUCGUAUUUGCCAAUUUCAAAAACGUUGUUGAUACAUUGUCUGAGGAAUUAGACUCUAAACAAUUCCCCAACGUGGUCGUACAUGGAUCAAAGUCACAAGAUCAACGUGAGUCGGCACUUGAGCAAUUCAAACUGCAUGAUCCAUCGAUACUAGUGGCUACAGAUGUUGCUGCUCGAGGUAUAGACAUACCUCAAGUGAGUCUCGUUGUCAAUUUCCAAAUGCCCCACAAGUUUGAAGAGUAUAUUCAUAGAAUUGGACGAACUGGUCGUGCUGGUCAUUUUGGAACUAGUAUCACAUUCAUUGAUGAUGAUGAUGCAGGUGUUUUCUUAGAGUUGAAAAAGUUUUUAUCCAGGGGAGGUAAAAAAGUACCUGAAUGGUUGUAUCGAUACAAUUCCACUACAAUCAAAGAGUAG